CGCCUGUGUGGAGCAGAGGAGAACGAAGCCGAAUCAAUGAAUCACUGAAUCGGAGGUUCGACUCUUUAAACGGACGGUUCGAAAGAAAACUGACUCGAACUUCACAUCACCGCGUCAAGCGAGAGAGGUACUUUCGCGCGCGUGCUGAGGUUCGUUCAGAAACUCUGCAGUCUCCGCGCGCGAGCCGUUGGCUCGAGGCUCGCGCUCUGGAACACGAGACGGUUCGACUUCUGUUUUACGUUUGAAAGUUUUCGGCUCAACGGACGUUUCUGCUCUCAGACCGCCGAGCUAAAAAACAGGGCAGGUUUAAGGGUCCGGGUCGUGGAUCUAGCUUGACCACCAUCUUCCACCAGAGAAAUCAAAGAGCAAGAGAAGAAAAAUAAAGAGCCUGACAUCAUCACUCCCACAUAGGAAAAGAUGGGGGAGACAGAGGAUGAGAAGAGCCAGGCAUCUAAGCUGUUUGAGAACUUUGUCCAGGCACCUACAUGUAAGAGUACACUGCAGGCUUUUAAUAUCUUGUGUAGUUACCUAGAGUUGGAUCCCCUGGAGCACAGCUCCUUCUACAGCAGCCUGAAGAGCAAGCUCACCUGCUGGAAGGCCAAAGCGCUAUGGAGCAAGCUGGACAAGAGAGCCAGCCACAAGGAGUACAAGAAAGGCAAAGCCUGCACAGGCACAAAGUGUCUGAUAAUUGGAGGAGGCCCCUGCGGUUUGCGGACCGCUAUUGAGCUGGCUUUUCUAGGGGCUAAAGCAGUAGUGAUCGAGAAGAGAGACACAUUUUCCAGGAACAAUGUUCUCCACCUCUGGCCCUUCACCAUCCAUGACCUCAGAAACCUGGGGGCAAAAAAGUUUUAUGGGAAGUUCUGCGCCGGGGCCAUAGACCAUAUCAGUAUUCGGCAGCUCCAGCUCAUGCUCCUCAAGAUUGCUCUACUUGUAGGGGUCGAGUUCCACAUCAACGUGGAGUUUGUAAAGCUCUUGGAGCCUCCAGAGGAUCAGGAGAAUGAGGGGCCCGGUUGGAGGGCGGAGAUCCGACCGGCAGAUCACCCUGUGGCUGACUUUGAUUUUGACGUAGUGAUCGGGGCUGAUGGGAGACGGAACACUCUCGAAGGGUUUCGACGGAAAGAGUUCCGUGGGAAACUGGCCAUCGCCAUCACAGCGAACUUCAUCAACAGAAACACGACAGCAGAGGCCAAAGUGGAUGAGAUCAGUGGUGUGGCCUUCAUCUUCAACCAGAAGUUCUUUCAGGACCUCAAACAGGAAACAGGCAUUGAUUUAGAGAACAUCGUGUAUUAUAAAGACAACACACACUACUUCGUCAUGACGGCUAAGAAGCAGAGCCUUCUGGAUAAAGGAGUCAUCAUUUAUGACUACAUAGACACAGAUGCUCUGCUGAGCAGUGAGAACGUGAACCAGGAAGCCCUACUAAGCUACGCUCGGGAGGCUGCUGACUACGCCACCCAUUACCAGCUGCCCACACUGGACUAUGCCAUGAAUCACCUUGACCAGCCGGAUGUAGCCAUGUUCGACUUCACUUGCAUGUAUGCCUCAGAGAACGCUGCACUGAUCAGAGAGAGGUUUGGCCAUCAACUGCUGGUGGCACUGGUGGGAGAUAGUCUGCUGGAGCCUUUUUGGCCUAUGGGUACAGGGUGUGCCCGUGGCUUCCUGGCAGCUUUUGACACAGUGUGGAUGAUCAGGAGCUGGUCACAGGGCAGAAACCCACUGGAAGUGCUGGCAGAGAGGGAGAGUCUUUACCGGUUGCUACCUCAAACUACACCUGAAAACAUUGCAAAGAACUUUGAUCAGUACACCAUAGAUCCUGGAACACGUUAUCCAAACCUGAACUCCAACUGUGUCAGACCACACCAGGUCCGUAACUACUACAUAUGUGGGGAACUGAAGUCCUGCUCUUUGGAGCGAGCUGCUACUAUACGGCGCCCAGUUAAUCUGGCACGACGAGAGUCUGAGAUCAGACCCAGCAGGUUGCUGACCUGGUGUCAGAAGCAGACGGAGGGCUAUAAGGGCGUGAGCGUGACUGACUUGAGCUCAUCGUGGAGGAGUGGCCUGGCUUUCUGUGCUCUCAUCCACCGCUUCAGAGCACAUCUCAUAGAUUAUGAUUCACUGAAUGAGGAAGAUGCUGCUCAGAAUGCCCAGCUGGCGUUUGACGUGGCUGAGAAGGAGUUUGGCAUCAAGCCGUUUACCACAGGCAAAGAGAUGGCGUCAGAACAGGAACAAGACAAGAACAGCAUGGUGACCUACCUCUCUAAAUUCUACGAGCUCUUCAGAGGAACCCCUCUGCCACCCUCAGAUUCGAGAAGAGAGACACAUGAAAAUAAUGACGAAUGUUCCUCAAGACCCUCCCGACCUGUUUAUAGAUCACUGAGCUUAACACAGCCUCGAAAACGGAUACCAAAGGAUGACAAAAAGGUGGAUGAUAAUGACUCUUUUUACAAAAGAAGACGAAAAGUAUGCAGUUAUUUGGAAGAGGUAACAAACAUCUCCAGCCGAAGCUCAUCUUUAGCAUCCGAAGGUCAGGAGCUGAAGGAGAACAAGGUCAAGUUCAUGGCCUCUCAACUACUGGCAAAGUUUGAAGAGAGCACCCCAAGCUGCACUCUGCGUAGGCAGUCUGACUCGAAUGUUGUGAGGCCUCCAAGGCCUCCAUCACUCGAUAUGACAGAGACUCCACCCUUCAACAAACCCAAGAAGAAAACCCCACCACCACCACUCCCUAAAAAACAGUUCCAGGCAGCAGCCUGCGUGAGACAUGGAGAGGAGUGUCCAGCUGCUCUGCUCACUAUGCCCUUCUCCAGUCCUCUGUGUGUUUCCCUGAAGCCCAUCCGGCCCAGUCACACCCGGUCACGCACAGAGCCCACUCACACACACACUCAGUCACGCACAGAGCCCACUCACCCACACACACGGUCACACAGAGAGACUUCUAAGGUUCUAGCACCAUCACAAAAGCAACUCAUUGGUACACGCAUGCGGUCACACACACAGCCUCCUUUAGAGAGUCCCGCAGAAGCAGCAGAGGCAAGCCACAGUGCCUCCUGUCACUCUGCCAUACUGGCCAUGACAGCAAUGCUCCAGCGUCUGCAGAAAGUGGAGGAAAAGAUCAGCCAGAGGAAAACCCAGACUCAAAACACUAGAGAAUUCCAUAAAAAGAGCAUAAAGGAGAAAGCAGUCCACUUGAGCUCGCUGUUCUCUGGUGACAGCACCUCACUGCCUCAGACCAGUUCCUCUUCUCAUUCCACUUCUACAUUAUCUUCACCACAAAGCACGGUCACUUCCUCUGCUUCCCCUCCUCUCUCAUCCUCACCAUCUCUGCUUCUGCAUCAGAGGCCAAAAUGUGAAGCUCAACAGCUAGACAUGCAGCUCUGUGAAAUGGAGUUACAGUCUGUGUAUAAACCACAUACGACCGAUCCCUCUGCUCCAAACUUCACCCUUCAUUCCAACUCUAAAUUAACCUCACCACACCCUCUCCCACCAUGCACUUCUUCUACUUUCCCUUCAUCUCAUCGCUCAUCCUCAUCCUCUCUGCUGGUGCAGCAGAAUGGCAGAGACAUAGGGCACUGUUUUUCUCUUCAAAAAGAAAGUAAGAUGCCAAAGGGGUACAAAAUCAUGACGUUCCCCAACAAGCUAUUCCGUAAGACUCGUACAUCUCAGCAGCCUGAGGUUCAGCUUUGUGAAAACGAGAUGCAGAAAGACUCAGUGAAUGGGUCGAAUGUGUUAAGUAGUAGCAGCAGCACAUCCAUUUUUAACCAUCAAAGGGACAUGGAAUUGCCUCAGUCGGGUGGAGAUAGAAACAUAAAGACCUCCAAGAAGACUUACCCUACUGCUGCAAACCCUUCUCAUUCCAGCUCAGCAUUACCCCUACCAUACCCUCCCCCAGAAUGCAUUGCUGCUUACACAUCUUCAUUUCCAUCCAGUUGUGUUUCUAGCAAACCCCAGCAUUUAGGGACGCGGCUUUCUAAAACAGAAACCCAAGGAGAAACACAGAAUAACUCACAUCAUAGCAGCAGCAGCACUACUUAUUUCUCUCUAAGAAAACAAACGGAAGUCUCUCCGUCAAAGGAAGACUCACACAGUUCCAAGCAGCGCACUGUGGGGAAGGUGUCUCUGGUCGUAGGAGCGCGGGCUGAGACACUGCUCACCCUCUAUGAGAACGAUCACAGGCCAAAAUCCGCCUGCUCAGGCUCGCCGGCUUCCUUGCGGAGGGAUUUCCCCCAGAGCUUGGGUGAUGUGUGUCAUGCAUGUAAGAAGCGUGUGUACAUGGCGGAGCGUCUGAGAGCUGAGGGGCUCUUCUUCCAUAGUGAGUGUUUCCGCUGUGACACCUGUAGCGCUCCCCUAAGCCAGGGUGGACACGCUUUCGACUCGGAGCAGGGGAAGCUGUACUGCAAACUCCAUUUCUCUCAGCGUAAAUUCGUGAAGUGCGGUGGAAUAUUUGAUACACAUAUGCCACCCAAAGGCGCCGUCCACCCCAGCACUAGGCCCAGUCCUGCUGGUGUAGAGACUUCUCUGAGGCAGUCUCCAGUCUUUCUUGACUCGUCUACUGUGUCCACUCCUGAUAUGCUCUGAGUCAUGACAGAAUUGAGGUGAUCACCUGCACGGUCACAUGAUGCUUUGCUCAGCACGACAGCACGAGCAGUUUUCUGUACACAUUUACUGCAUUGCACUGCCGAGAGGGUAGUGGCGUUCGUCUGCAUGGCAAAGUGACCUGAACUACAUUAUAUGUCUAAACAUUUGUAGACAUCUGCUCAUCCAUUGUUUCUCCUGAAAUCAUUGAUAUUAAUAUGGCAUUUACUUAGCUUCUGCUCUCCUGUGAAGGCCUUACAAUAGCUAUUGGAACAUCGGCGUGAGGAUUUGAUUGCAUUCAGUACAAGAACUUUAGUGAGGUCAGCUACUGAUGUUGGAUGAUUAGUUCUGGGUUGUCACUCCACCUCAACCCAGUGAUAUUGGCUGGAGCUCCAUGACUCUGGGGGGCCCCUCAGUGUUAUAGCCCGUUAGCCAAUGCUUACCUGAAUGGUGACCUUAGGCUCCAGUGUGUCUCAUUUUAUAGUAAAUGCUUUUCAGUGAGGAUUAUACCAGCUUCAUGAAUGCCAACCCCAACUUUGAGAACCCCUAAACUUUUACCCUCACCCAUUCCAAGGCUUGUCGUUGUGCUUCACCUUUGCUUUUUGUUGAAAAGUGAAUGUACGCCACCUUUGUGCUAACAUAACAUUGCACAUCCCAUAGAAAAGCUGGUAUAAUUUAGCGUGCGUCUCUGGGCUUAUAGUUUCAUUUUCGUCCUGUUAGAAAACAUUGAAAUCUACUCUUCCAUCACCACCUGUGAAUGUGGCUUAUCUGGUGGUGAAACUUCUGAUAAGAUUGUAUGAAUGUUCUACAGUCCUGAUUCUCCUUGAUUGGGUAUAGUUCUGCUUGAGUGACGUAGUAGGCUGCAAGGUUGUGGACAGAGGGAUUUCAAUCAAGCGUGCUUGUUAGAAUAUUAGGCCAUGCUCGGACAGUUCUCAGACAGGUCUGAUCAGUGAACUUAGCUUGCUUUUCAGCAGGCCCGCAUCAUAUUUCUGUCUUGUUCUUUUUAAUUCAUGCUUGCUUAGUAUCGUACAGACAUUCUUCAUAUUUUACACUACAUUUCCUCGGACUUACUGCUCUUUCACUAUGUGUCACUGUUUGUACAGCAGCAUACAGGAAUGUGUGAAGCUGCAUUUGAUGUGUCACAGUGCAGGGGGAAAGGAAUGCUUGUAAGACACUCCCUCCCCGCUUUUGGUUCUCGCACAUGCAUGGCUGUGGAUGUCAUGACUAACAGGAAUGUUCCUGCGAAAUGUCUUGUUUUUCCUGCGUGAGACGAUCUUCUCUAUACCUUUUUAUUUAUUCUUCUCUGUUUCAGAGGCUGCUUACAUUACCGAAACCCACCAAGAGCUCUCUUUUGUCUCUUUGAAAGUGAGGUUCAGUGUUACCUAAGAAGACUUUUGAUUAGAAUAGCACCUUUUCCCAGACAUGUUGUAAAACUGUAUGAAAAAACUAUGAACUGUAUUUUCCUUACCUAAAGUUGUUUCACUUUAUGUAAAGCCAUAUCCAUUUAAUAAAUGAUGGAA